UGUGCUGCCCUGUCGCAACUGGCUGCAUGUGCUUAGGUACUCGCCUCCAGAGCUUCUCUCGAGGAUGGCCCUGCUGCAGGGCACUGCCUCCUAGGAAAAACCCUUCCCAAGCAGGGUCUCGGUUGUAGCAGAUGACUGAGAGCGGCACCGCAGAAACUAUGUAAGCUGGUUUUGCAGCCCUGAAGUAAACAUGAUGAAAACGGAGUCUUCGGGAGAGAGAUCAACCCUCCGGAGCGCCUCUCCUCACAGGAAUGCUUACAGGACUGAGUUCCAGGCGCUGAAAAGCACCUUUGACAAACCGAAAUCAGAUGGAGACCAAAAAGCGAAAGAGGAAGGAGAGGCCUCCCAGAGCAGGGGAAGGAAAUAUGGCUCAAAUGUCAAUAGGAUUAAGAACUUGUUUAUGCAGAUGGGCAUGGAGCCCACUGAGAGUGCUGGAGUUGCCCCCAAAACGAGGGGGAAGGGUGGCCCUCCAUCGCCUCAGCGACGAAUCAGGCCCAAAGAAUUUGUAGAAAAAACAGACGGUUCAAUUGUAAAAUUGGAAUCUUCUGUUUCGGAAAGGAUUAGUAGGUUUGAUACUAUCCAUGAUGGUCCUUCUUAUUCCAAAUUUACCGAAACUCGGAAGAUGUUUGAGCGAAACGCUCACGAAGUGGGUCACUCCAAUCGCUAUUCCCCAAAGAAAGAGAAGGCGGCGUCCAACGAGCUUGCGGAUGAGUGGUGCAGCUCUAAGUCUCACAGGGGCAGCACCGAUUCCCUGGACAGCCUGAGCCCCAGGACAGAGACCGUCUCCCCAACUGUGAGUCAGCUCAGCGCCGUGUUUGAGAACGCUGACGCACACAACGUAAUCAUUUUAGAAAAGGCAGAGAACAAUGAAGAGUACUCCGUAACCGGUCACUACCCACUAAACCUCUCCUCCACUGUCGCAAAUAUCUCCUCCCCUGUUGCAAACCUUGAGGGCUUCAGUCCUCUGAAGGAUGCCAGCACGUGGUCUCCGCCAGCCAAACAGGCUGCAGGCCCCAUGUCUGUUGAGCACUCUCAGCAGAAUAGCACGCCGUCAACACCGAGACAGAAGGUGUCUACAGGCACUCCGUCAGGUUCAAAAACAACUGAAGAAAUAAAAAAGAAUGCAGAAGCAAGUGCUGACCCUGUUGAGAGCUCUGUGGUGAGUCAACAGGAGUCGGUACUUGACAGCGAAAGAUGCGUGGACAGUUCCGCAAGGAGUAAGUCAAAAACUGAUGCAGAAAUUUCACUGCGACCAAAGGAACAGUCCGAACACGCGGAGGGUAUCGCUGAUAGACCUGAAGCUGCAGAAACACCGAGAAAUUUAGUUUCAGAUUUGGCAACAGAUGCUGUUUCAGAUGCCACCGAGACCCAUUAUGGUGAUGCAAGUGAAAAAGAAGUGCAUGAAGAUGUGAGUAAUGUCCAGAGUUCCCAUGUGUACAUGCACUCUGACUACAAUGUGUAUAGGGUACGAUCGAGGUAUAAUUCGGACUGGGGAGAGACAGGUACCGAACAGGAUGAUCAGGAUGACAGUGACGAAAAUAACUGUUACGAACCUGAUAUGGAAUACUCUGAAAUUAAUGGAUUGCCAGAUGAAGAUGAAAUCCCAGCCAACAGAAAAAUACAGUUUAGCUGUGCUCCAAUUAAGGUUUUCAAUACAUAUUCCAAUGAAGACUAUGACAGAAGAAAUGAUGAAGUUGACCCAGUAGCUGCAUCAGCUGAAUAUGAACUUGAGAAGCGUGUGGAAAAGCUGGAGCUCUUCCCAGUUGAACUAGAAAAAGAUGAAGAUGGGCUUGGCAUAAGCAUUAUUGGAAUGGGAGUCGGAGCAGAUGCAGGCCUUGAAAAACUGGGAAUAUUCGUCAAAACAGUAACAGAAGGUGGGGCAGCAGAAAGAGAUGGCAGGAUCCAAGUGAAUGACCAAAUUGUGGAAGUUGACGGCAUCAGUUUGGUUGGUGUUACACAAAAUUUUGCUGCAACUGUUCUUAGAAACACCAAAGGAAAAGUCAGGUUCGUAAUUGGACGAGAAAAACCAGGACAAGUGAGUGAGGUUGCACAGCUGAUUAGCCAAACUCUAGAACAAGAACGCCGCCAGAGAGAGCUCCUGGAACAGCAUUAUGCACAAUAUGAUGCAGAUGAUGAUGAGACAGGGGAAUAUGCUACAGAUGAAGAAGAUGAAGACAUGGGACCUGUCCUUCCAGGAGGUGACAUGGCUAUUGAAGUGUUUGAUCUUCCUGAAAACGAUGACAUGUUCUCCCCCAGUGAUGUGGACACAAGCAAGCUAGCUCACAAGUUCAAAGAGUUGCAAAUCAAACAUGCAGUUACAGAAGCUGAAAUUCAGAAGCUGAAGACGAAGCUGCAGGCAGCCGAGAAUGAGAAGGUGAGGUGGGAGCUGGAGAAGACCCAACUGCAGCAGAACAUCGAGGAGAAUAAGGAAAGGAUGAUGAAAUUAGAGAGUUACUGGAUUGAGGCACAGACCCUGUGUCAUACAGUGAAUGAGCACCUCAAGGAGACACAAAGCCAGUAUCAGGCUCUGGAGAAGAAAUAUAACAAGGCAAAGAAAUUAAUCAAGGAUUUUCAGCAAAAAGAACUUGACUUCAUCAAACGCCAGGAAGCUGAACGAAAGAAAAUAGAAGAUUUGGAGAAAGCACAUCUUACAGAGGUUCAAGGCUUACAAGCUCGUAUACGAGACUUGGAAGCAGAAGUUUUCAGGCUACUGAAGCAAAACGGGAGCCAGGUUAACAAUAACAAUAACAUAUUUGAAAGGCAGACAUCUUUUGGAGAAGUUUCUAGAGGAGAUCCAGUGGAAAAUCUAGAUACUAAGCAAGUGUCCUGUCUGGAUGGCUUAAGUCAAGAUUUCAAUGAAGCAGUGCCAGAAACAGAGAGACUGGACUCCAAAGCUCUGAAAACUCGAGCUCAGCUUUCCGUGAAGAACAAGCGGCAGAGGCCGACAAGAACAAGGCUCUAUGACAGCAUCAGUUCAACUGAUGGAGAGGACAGCCUUGAACGAAAGCCGUCAAACAGUUACAGUAGUCCCAUGCACAUUUCAAAAUCACCACUGCCCAUAUGUAUGAGAGCAUCCUCACCAGCAUCAGAUUCUGGUGCUUCCUCCCUCUCCCCAGUGGCUAGCAGUGCAGCAAUCUCACUUGACAACCUAACUGAAAACCAAGAAGAAGGACAGCAGCACAAAGGAGGUGUCCUCUCCCUGUAUGCUCGGGGACACACUCCACUUUCCUCUCCUUCAAAAUCUGGGCACAGCUCUGAAGCAUCUCCUUUGCAUCACCCAUCUGGCAGGAAUGUUUUACAAGAUAAAGAUGGUGCCACAUGUGCCCAGGCAGCAAGAUCAACUCUCCCUACUAUAGGGCAUGCAGAAAAACUAAAGCGAAAACUUGCAGAUCUUGGGGCUCCCUUGAGAAGGAGUUCAAACAAGGGCAAGAAGCGGAAAGAGAAAGAAGCUGUUAGGGUGACCUGUGGCAGUAGGAACACCAGAGAGAUGCUGCAGAAAUCAGCAAACACUAAAUCUUUAUCAGAGCGAUCCUCCUCUCUCCCACACUGUGUACCAUUCACAUGGUAUGGAGAGAGUGGCAAGGGAUCCAAUUCUUCCAGCAACCUGCCAUCACCUACCAGCUCAACUGAACCUUCCUCUGAAAAUAUAAGUCCAGCUAAAAAAGGGUCAAAGAAUUUCACGUUCAACGACGAUUUCAGCCCCAGCAGCACAAGUUCAGCUGAUCUGAGUGGUUUAGGAGCAGAGCCUAAAACCCCAGGUUUCUCACACUCCUUAGCACUGUCAUCAGAUGAGAGCCUGGAUAUGAUUGAUGAUGAGAUCCUGGAUGACGGACAGUCUCCAAAACACAGUCAGUGCCAGAACCGGGCUGUUCAGGAGUGGAGCGUGCAGCAGGUUUCCCACUGGUUAAUGAGCCUGAACCUUGAACAGUAUGUGUCUGAAUUCAGUGCCCAAAACAUUAACGGGGAGCAUCUUCUUCAGCUGGAUGGGAGUAAGCUCAAGGCUCUUGGUAUGACAUCUUCCCAGGACAGAGCAAUCAUUAAAAAAAAGCUAAAGGAAAUGAAAGCAUCCCUGGAGAAAGCUCGCAAAGCUCAAGAGAAAAUGGAAAAGCAAAGGGAAAAGCUUCGGAAGAAAGAACAAGAGCAACUGCAGAGGAAAUCGAAGAAAACAGACAAGUGUUCAUCAGAUGCAACAGAGGGCACUAAUGAGCAGUGAUGAGCAGAAGUGCUGCUGAGUUAGUAACGUGGAGGCACUUCGGGGAAGAGAAACUCAUAUCCACUCUGUUGCCCCUUCAGCUUUCUUGCAUCCAUUACACAUGAGUGUGUACAGAGAAACGGGGCUAUAAAUAGACCGACUAGGGAACUUUAUAUUGUGUAGUUUUAUUUUCCCGCAUAUCCAGUUCACGCUCGUUGUUGUUGCCAUGUUAAACAGUCCCAGCCCCUCGGUUCGUUUUGUUGUUGUUGACAACUAACAGAUUUCAUAUUUGCGUGGCGGUGUUUCCUUCCAAACUACUCUUUUCUAUUGAGCUCUGUGUGGUUGGUCACUUCAAUAACCAGCAUGAUGCUGAGGAGCAUGGUCCACUGCUUCCCCUCUUCUGAACAGGAUGGGCAGUCAAAGCAAUCAGUGAACGCUUAUUCAGCUGGGUAGAAGGAGUCGUUCUCUGCCUGAUAGGAGCUGACCUAACUUUCUAACUGGAACUUCAGCUUCUCUGCUGGGUUUUGAUACUCAGUUCCGUCUACUGGAGUAAGUUUCAUCUUGCAUCAGUACCUUGAAGCGACACUGCUCUGGAAACACAAGUGUUCAGUGACUUCUUAAUAUACACUGGAGAUAAAGACAGGAGAGUUGAUAUCCCCUCUGGGUAAAAGACAGGAGGUGAAACUCUUUCUGUUAACUGUACAAUAGUUUAUCCAGGAAGGAGGCAAAGCCUUAAAUGAUUAUGUGGGUUUACACAGAAAUCUGAGGAUAACAUUUAUCCUUUAGGUAUCUGAGCAAGGAUGAAUUUCUAACUAGAGCACAGCAUAUAGAUCUGUAUAAAUUUCUUUGUGCUCCCAGUGUGUAGGCAACUUUCUUAUAGCACACUCCGCUUUCUUUUUCAUGUAUUUUGAACAGGAAACUGGGCUUAUUUUGUUUUGUUUUGUAUUUUUUUCCAAGAAAACACCCCAUCUUCAGAUGCAUUCUCCAAUAAGUAUUGGAAGUGUAAGUUUUGUGCUGUGCUGUUAUGAAGCUGUCAUUGGAAACAUUAUCAGAGUCUGCUAAAGACUUUCAGUUUUUACAGAAGUGCACUUUAAGAAGAGGAAGAAGAGGGAUUCUGGCUAAAAUUAAAUUCAGUACAUUGCUGUUGAGAUCAAUGCUGCCCUGGAGGUGACGGUUACUAAAUCCAAAGCUGCCAUGUAUUAACUAUUUUGAUUGAUUUGUUUAAAGAAUAUCCCUACCAAAACAUGCAUUUGAAGUGUAGGCUGUAGAGUAUUUGGAUGGUUUAACAGUGGGCUUGUUACAUACGUCAGAGGUUUCUAUUAUCCCAGUCUGUGAGUCCAUUGACAAAGCCUGCUGAGUAGUUUUGACUAUGACAGAAGCAGUGGAUAAUGUUACUGCCUCUUAAGAGCAGUAUUAUAAUAUUCAGUAUUUCUUGAAAGGAAUGGAAAGACAACCAGCAAAUAUCUACAAGAAGCUGAAGGUGUUACAUUACUGCUCUUAGUCAAACCUAACUACGCAGCAGUGUUUGUAUUUGAAAAGCAUCACUUCGCUUUUGUGCAUCCUGCGAGUUGCAGUCUCCAUCUAGUUAGUCAUGUUAACAUGUGAAUUGUUUAAGACGUUGAUGCACACUUACAAAUUUGAACCUAACAAUUGCUGGGCUAAAAAAUGCCAACAUUGAGUUCUUUGGAAGAAAAUGUUUGUUCUGUUUGGCUUGGCUUCUCUUCUGCUCUGUACUUUAUGGCAUUCAGAUCUGUGUCUGUCGAGUUCUCUGAAGCUCAGAUUUGAAACAGUUGGGGUGCAAUGUUUAGAGUUAAAUGUCUUUGAUCAUAAUAAUUUCUUUGAUGUGUAAAAUGCUCUGUCAACUGACAGAGCCUAGUUCAUUCAAAGCUAAUACACAACAGAUCUAUUUAGUCUUAGCUUUAUUUUUCCUUCCAAAUCCAAUUUCUACAAGUUCCUGAUGUAUGCUUUAUUCAAAUACAAAAAUGAAAUUACCAUAAGAGAUACUUCAUAAUAUUUCUAAAGGCUUGUGAUAUUUUUCUUGAGAUAGACCACUGGAAAAAAAAAUAUACCUGCUAACAAGAAUUCCGCAUUGAAAUGAAUCUUUCUGCACUCUUCGCUGAAGAAAAAAUAUACAGAUGUUUAAUAGCCUCAUUCUGCUAUUUUAGGAGGUUUUGAAUUUAUAUUCAAGAGAAGUUAUCUGGAAGAAACUGGAAAUUUAAUAUUUUAAAUACAAUGUUGAUAAAAUGCAUUCAAUGACUUUAAAUUAUGUUUACGUUAUAAUGUUUAAGUGGUUGUAUGCAGUAAUCUACGGUGGUGUUCCUCUUCUGUGUUCUCUGUUUUCCUAGGAACCUGAGCAGACUGCUCGGCAUUACACACUUAAGUUUUCCCUCUUGCUGCUUAAAACAGUGUCUCACUAAUUUCUUUGUAAAUCAAGCUCUUAUUCUGCAGAAUAACUAAUUCGAUUUAAGUCCCUUAGGUAUUCGGUGGGUUUUAUUGCUUUGUGCUAAUUUUACUUUGUUAGUCUCUGAUUAAAAAAAAAAAUCUAACUUAAAAAGCAG